UUUUCUAGAAACAAAAUGAAAGCUGUUAUUUUUUUUUUCUUCCCUCAGCAGGCAUCCUCAGCAAUUGCAGAACGCAUCCAACUAUUUCCUGAGAGUCGUAUGACUAAAUAUGACUACAAUGUCGAAGUUAAACUUUCAGUCAACAAAAUCGACUUUUGGACCGCUGCUAAACUUAAUUCCUUGCUUGAGGUCCACAACCGAUCUGGGAUUUUGACCACUGUGGUAAAAGACUUACAUAUCAACAUGUUCCAUGACAGAAUCCUCUCACAACGAAGCAGGGAUGAGCCUAUCAUGCCUAUGUUGUAUUAUCCUUUGAGCGGUAAACUUAUUGAUGUGAUCCGGGAGGAGAUGCAGAGGCCAACAUCAUUCAAAUUGAAUGCUGGCCAUAAUGAAAACAUCACCUUUGCUGGAGAACAUUUUAUCGCCAAAAAUAUGAAGAGAGGUUUGAUUCAAGUGUUGCAAGUCCCUGAAACCAUUCACACCAUCUUCACUGCAGGCCAAACUGAAACACGCUAUGAGGCCAGUGUGUUGGGUUUCUGUGAGACAACUUACAUCUAUUCACCCUGCAAUACUUCUACACUAUGUCAAGAAGUCGUUAAGAGGAUCAACUUGAAGAAAUGUAUUGGUACUCCACUGAAGAAAAACACUGAAUUGAAACCACUUCUUGAGAAAAUCAGGAAUGACACCAAGAAUGAUGUGGUUACAGUGAAGUAUAUGACUUAUAAGAAGCAAAAUGAAACAAUCAUUGAACGUGCCUCUGUUUACAGUAUUCUCUAUGAUACCCCAACAAUGAAACGUGAUGGCCAAAUCAGUGUCCAGUUUAUCCAAUCCUUACUUCGUCGUUCCUCUGAGAUUUCUAGCAGACCAGCACCUAAUAACCUAACAGCAUCGACAGGAGUUGAGUUGAUUGCUGAAGUACCAUUAAGAUGUGAAAACAUGCUCCCAACAGCUCAAUAUGUUAAACAUGUUGAUGAUCUGAUUAGAGCCUACAGGGAAAGCAAUUCAAGUCUUGCUUACAUCAUUUAUGAAAUCAAGAACCUUCUGAAAUGUGCUGAUCAGGAGAAAUUGGAUGAAUUGAUAAAAAAAUAUGCAAAUGAUCGUCAGAACUUGCUGCUAUUGUGGGACAUCAUCCCAGCUGUUGACAGUGAAGUUAUCAGAAAAGUCUUGAAGAUAGUUAAUGUUGAUGUACUUGAACAGAAACCUUUACUUCUAACCUGGUAUGCUGAACAUCAAACUUUCGAUAAAGAAACAUUCAACAUUAUGAAGCAACUGGCAACCGAGAUUCCUGCUGAGAAAAAAACUCUGAAAACCUCUGCCUAUCUGGCCCUCAGUAGCUAUGCUCAUAAAUGUAUUAAGAUAUGUAAAAAGCUGAGGCUGAAAUACAAACAUGAGAGUGGCUUAUUGAAUUCUACUGUUGCUGAGUUCCCACAUGUACCACAUGGAGUUGAAAUACUUCUGAAGCAAAUCAAAGAGGAAAUCAGACAACACAAUGAAACUAGGAAAGAAAUGCUGUCUUAUUUCUUAGGCUUGCUGGAAACUUCUCAAGACAAAGUACUUCCUUUGAAACUUUUGAGAAACUUUGGAGAUCCAGAAAGCUUACCAAUACUUAUUGAUAUCAUCAAAAGUGAAAAACCUAUGAUGCUCCGUAGCUUGGCUGUUGAUGUUCUGUUAAGAAUGCCUUUGGAUACCUUGGUUCAAGAUAAAAACUCUGAAUUGAUUCGUUUGUACAUGAGUGUCCAAACCCCUGAACUUCUCCGUGUAAGAUUGUUAAAAGCUUUGAUUGCAAACUCUUUGAAUGACGAUAUCUGGCAAUUAUUAGUUUCUUCAAUCCGUUAUGAACCAAACUGCUAUGUUGCUAAAUGGGCUCAUAAUUACAUCAGACAACUGGCUGAAUCUGAAUACAAACCCAUCAAAUUGUGGACUCUGAAGGCACGCAAAGCUAUGGCUGUUUGGCCAGUUUGGUCUUCUCCAUGCUUUGAGAGCCAGAAAGGUGUGAUGGAUAUCUAUGAACUGGUAAAAGAACGAGUACUGUAUCCCAUCCAUAUCUCCAAAUACUUGGAAUCUAUCCAGGAAAGCAUAGCUGUUGAUAUCCAACUCCUUCCAGUAGACCAUUCCAUAUACAGCCUCAUCUUGAGAGGUAGAAUCGCUUCAAAAUUGACCUACCAUGAUUAUGAAAUUCAACUUGAACUCUCCACUGAAGCUCUUAAACAAAUUCAACUUGAACUCUCCACUGAAUCUCUUAAACAAGCUUUGAAACAAACAACAUUGUUGCUGUUGAAGGAUGUUGGAAUUGUCUUCUCCUUGGACAAAGAGUCUGUACAAAGCUGGAGAAAGUUACAGGACUUGGUUGAAGUUAUUGUUUCAUCUGCAGAAGAAAAGGUUCCCACCUUCGUUGGUGCUCUUUUACAUGCAGAACAAUCUCAGGUCUACAUCCCUAAACUGCAGCACAUUGUCGAAGGAAAUAACUUAGUGUUGAUGAACCCAAGGUGGUUCUCUUACUGGGAAUCCAGAGCUUACCUGGAUGGUGAAUACAUGAAACCAGGAGUUGGACUUUAUGAAGAAACUAUAUUAUCUUUACCAGGAACCUUGAAGAUCAACAAGGAAGACAAAUCUGUUGCUUUAAUUCUGGAGAAGGGCAAAACACCAACCUUGGAUGUCUACAAGAGUUUCUACAACUUUGUUGAAUUUGAACCCAUGCAGAAGUUGGUGGAAGGUUUUAUUCCAAGACUGAUUGAGGAUGACUUUGUACAACCAGACUCAAGAAUCCUUGCAUAUGCCCUGGCCCUUGGUCCAGUAAACAUUGGUGGACUCAUCCCAGAAUCCUGGAAACAACCCCUCAGUGCAAUCAUUUCUUUGAUCUAUGGUGUCCAUCAUCAGCGAGUGUUUGCUGAGUCUUCAGAUGUUAAGAAACUCGUCAAAGCUGCUGUCAGUAUGAAACCUUGUACAAGUCCGAUGACUGGAAGAAUUGUAUCCUUGGUUCUUUUGGCUGAAGAUGGAACAAAAUAUGUUGAUGUAAGGGGAGGAGUUUGUUAUUUGGUUGAGAAAACUCAAUUGAAGGCUGAAUUACUUGCAGAAUUAGUCCCAAAAGAUUCUGAAAAGAAACAAGUGAAAGCUGUCGUAAAAGUGCCAUUGAGGGAUCCUUCUCCAGUAAAAUGUCUUUGGGAUAGAGAAUACCAGGAACAAGUUAAAGAACAAUUAGCAAAUGUUUCAAGACAGAACAUAAAAAUGCUUCCUUAUCUGGUGCCACAUUGGCAGGCAAGGAUGGCUGAUGAAUUGAAUGUCUUUACUCAAUAUAGCGCUUCAAAACAAGAUCCCAAAGUUACUUUGCUUGAUCCAGUUACAGACACACAAUUAGAGUUAUGGCAAUUGGAAGUUCUUGAAAAAGUUGAAGACCAGAGACUAUCAAUUUCAUCUUUGAAUGUAAGGAAAAAUUUCACCAAACUUGUCACUGAGGUCUUAGAGUUGAAUGUAAAAGUGAUCAAAUACAUUAAUGAAUCUCUAAAACUGACUUCCCAGGAUGUCUUGCAGACAGUGAAAUAUUUCCAUCAACGCAAUGUAAUAAUUGCCUGUCAGACAAGAAUAUCAAAACAUGUUGAAGAAAUGUUCAAGGUUAUUUCAGUAACCAUAAAUACCUCAGAAUCUUCACAAAGGCAAGUUCUCAAGAAACAACUGGUAAUUCUGCAACGCAUCUUUGUCGAGAAAGUUAAGCAACACAUACAAACAGUUAGUCCAGUUAUUCUGAAAAAACUUCCUGUUGAACGCCAAGUACUCUAUAGAAAUGCAUUGCUUAUUGAAAAAUUGUAUCUGGAAAUGACUCCAUCUAACAUCAAUGAAACUAGUAGGAAUAUCUCUCUAAGAUUAGAUCUGCUCCUGAAGGAAUUGCCAAAACUCUUUGACUUUGACACAGAAGAAACAGAACUCUUACUUCUUGAAAUUUAUCGCCUCAGAUUUUAUCCAACCAUAAUUCUAAAUGAAACUCAGCGCUCAGUUGGUUGCAAGUUCCAGAAGAUACUGUUGAAAUCUUGGCAUCUCCAACAAGAUGUUGUUGUCUAUGAAAAACUAUUGUCUGAAAUAAGAUACUACAACAUGACAUGUGGUAAGUUGAGUGCAAGCUGUUUCUCACUUAAUCUCAAGUAUAUGGUACUCCGUCUUCUGCAUGAUUUCAUGGAAUACAAGAGAGCCAGUUGGGAAAACAUAAUUGAAGAAAAACCAGAAAGAAUACUUUCUGCUUUCCAACAACUCUAUCAAACUUUGGACAUUGGUGUUAAAUUAGUUGAAAUGAAAGAACCAAACCUUCAGAGUUUAUCUGAAGAUGGAGGACUCCCACUGUACAUUGAAUUGAACGAAUUUUUGGUGAAACUUCAACAGAUUUCCCUUUAUCUUUUGAAUGAACCUUCAAGUGACUGGCAUGCAAUUGUCUCUCAGAAUACUGACAUAAAAAAGAAACAGCUGAAGAAAUCUAUUGUUGAAUUGUUUGAAAGAGUUCAAAGAAUUUCCAGAGUCGAAUCUAGCAAAAUUCUCAAACCCCGUUUACAUUCCAAGUCAAAAGCAUGUGACAUUCCAAAGAGUAUUGAAGUUGAAAUUGUAUUUGAACUUAAUGAAAAACCAUUGGUAACUGUGAAGGCAAACUUCCAGAAAACACCAGAACAACUGAAGAAAGAAGCCGAUAUUGGAUUAUUCUACUUCAUACAUGAAGAAAGAUUAAGUCGUCCUUAUCCUAAUAUAACCAAAGAUCUAAUCCGAAGCCUUAACAGUUACAAAUCUGUUCAGGUCAUCGUUGACUGGCAAAAUAAACCUUUACCUCAACCUGUGGUAACUGUUCUUGGACACGUCAGAGAUUGGAUUAAAUACUUACUUCGUGAUUACCUUGUCAUCAAGACUGUCCCUGAAUCACAGAUCAAUAAAAUUGAAAUUAUUGUCCAACAAAUGAUGAAGAGUAAAAUGGUUAACGUACAUCUACAUGCUGGAUCAAAGAUUUACCUAAUCACAUCUAUUCCUGUACCAAUUGAUAUCCUAAUCACUCGACCUUCCUAUGAAUCUGUCAUAUUAGGACUACAGAAAGUAAAAAAUGUUGACCUCAAGUCAUUAGUUCCAGGAACCACCGAAAGAACUAUUACAACGACCACAUCUAAACCAGUUCAAGAGAGAGAAAGUGAAGUUCCAAAGACAAAAGAAACUAAUAAACCAGUUGUUAAUAGCAGACAUGCUCGUGCUGCAGAACGUAGCAGUCAACCAACAAGCACUACUCCAUCUAUAACUACAGAGACACUUCUGUCUGAUAUACUGAAAAGAACAACAACACCCGAAACCAUUGUCUCAACCAGAGAACAUGAACUUCAAGAAAGGAGAGAAACAGUUGCCCCCGGGUUGAGAAUCACUGUACCAAUAACACGGCACGUUGACUUGAAGAAAAACCUUAAGGAAGAUACUCAGAGACGUGUGCAAAGCACUACUCCAGUGACAAAGCCAUCUGAGUUACAUAGAAUCCUUAAAGCUCAAGGCGAAGAAACUACAACACACAAUCCAACUGUCACUCCAAUGACAUUUGCUGUCAAAGAAAGAAGACAAACAGAACCUGCUAAUCAGGAAUUGUCUCUUGGAGAAACACACUCUACGACACCCUCAGUCGAGAAAACCACCACCUUGAAGCCUGCAACUUUAAGAGAAGCAGGCAAAACUACAUCGCACACUACUGAAUCUCCAAGACAACAACGCACUCGACUUGGAAAGGUUGUCACAACGCCUCGUUAUGAGUUUCAGUAGAAAACUGAACCCUAGCUGACCGAAAAAGCUGAUACCACCAGAAUUAUGGAUCCAAUUUCUUGUACACCUAAGCAAUUGGUUGCAUAAAUGAGAGUCAAAAAUAAAUUUAUUUUCAAUGUUUGAAUCUUAAACUGGUUGCAUCAGCUUUUUUUUAGCAACUAGAAUAUUAUUAAAAUAAAUGGUUUUAUAAUUAAAAUAAAAUAGUUUCUUUCAAUCAUUUCUGACAUAAAUGUUUAAUUGAAACGAAAAUUAUAAAACAUGUAUCCUAUGAAAUAAAAAAAAUUACAAUUAAAAAAGAUAAACAAAACAAAUAA